UUGUAAAAAGCAGCAGUCAGCUGAGGGUCCCGGUACGAUGGAGAGGUCAGGCGACUGCAGCUGCGGUGACAGAAAGCACAAAACCUCAAAUUCAGCCAGAAGUGCGGAAACCUAAAACUGGAAUCUUGAUGUUAAACAUGGGUGGUCCAGAACGACUGGAUGAUGUGCAUGAUUUCUUACUUCGUCUCUUCCUGGACAGAGAUCUAAUGACUCUUCCAGCUCAAAAUAAAUUAGCACCGUUCAUUGCCAAACGCCGCACACCGAAAAUCCAGGAGCAGUACAGCAGGAUUGGAGGUGGAUCACCAAUCAAGAAGUGGACGGCGCUGCAGGGAGAAGGCAUGGUGAAGCUGCUGGACAGCAUGUCUCCUCGCACCGCGCCUCACAAAUACUACAUUGGCUUCCGGUACGUCCACCCUCUGACAGAAGAAGCAAUUGAAGAGAUGGAGAAGGAUGGGAUUGAACGGGCUAUCGCUUUCACGCAGUACCCACAGUACAGUUGUUCUACCACAGGAAGCAGUUUAAAUGCCAUUUAUCGCUACUAUAAUAAAAAAGGGGAGAAGCCGAAGAUGAAGUGGAGUAUAAUUGACCGAUGGCCCACACAUCCCCUUCUUAUCCAG